ACCAUAUACCCGCAGCUCAUUUUUUUCCCCUAAAAAAUUUACCCAAAUACCUAAAAUUUCCCCAAAUCCCUAGUUUUUUACUUCUCUCUUUCCCUCUUCCUUCCGUCAUCUUCGUUGCUCGUUCUUCCGUCUUUGCUGCUUUUUACUCCCCUCACCGGACUCGCUACUUUUCUACUCUAGCCAUGUCCCAAAAACAGCGAAGGGGCUCUGGAAAUAGAGAACAAAAAUGGCAACCGAAGACAAAGCCGAACCCGGUUACAUCUGCUUCCGCAUCGGUCGAUGAAGCUGUUACUUCCAAGCUCGGUGGUUUGAGUAUCUCUGACGGGCAAGUUUGGAAGCCGAAGUCCUAUGGAACCGUGACUGGAUCCAACGCCGCUUCCGCCACUGAUGUUCAAACCGAGAAGAACAAUGUUGAUUUGAGUAGAAUUUUUUUGAAGCCUCAUUUGUUAGAAAAUUUCAAAGUUGAUAAUUCGACUUAUUCACUUGCACAAAUCAGAGCUACUUUUUAUCCGAAAUUCGAAAACGAAAAGUCUGAUCAAGAGGUUUCACUUAAACAUUCUGUAUCUCUUUUUAUGUAUGCGGGCAAUGAGGGUGGAGCAUAUGCUAAAAACAGCUUUGGAAAUAUUUACACUGCUGUCGGUGUUUUUGUUCUUGGGCGCAUGUUUCAUGAGGCUUGGGGAAGUAAAGCUGGAGAGAAGCAAGUGCAAUUCAAUGAUUUCAUUGAGUGGAAUCGUAUUUGCAUAUCAAUGGAGUUGGUAACUGCAGUUCUUGGAGACCAUGGACAGCGCUCUCGAGAAGACUAUGGAAAUGGAAUUUAAUUGGCAACCUGUGCUGGGAACUUCUAUUGGAUUUUGUGGGGCAGCGUUUGGGAGUGUUGGAGGGGUAGGUGGAGGUGGCAUUGUUGUUCCCAUGCUUAGCCUUAUUGUUGGGUUUGAUCCAAAGUCUGCAACAGCUAUUUCAAAAUGUAUGAUCAUGGGUGCAGCAGCUUCAACUGACAAGUACUUGUGCAGGUCUGGAGCAGGUCAAUAAAGAAGCUCUGCGGGAAUUAAUUGUGGUCCUAAGUAAGUUUCAGUCAACUUUGACAACUCCUGAUGAAGCGGAAAUUCAGGCCACUACUCUAUGCUCAUCAUGGCAGGAGAAUCUGAAGAAUCCAGAUUGACAUCCAAUUUUCAGGAGAAACUAACAAAUCUAAAGCUCGGAUGGGGUGAAGAAAUUUAUUAUGCAGUGGUAACAACUUUGAAAGAACUCUUUUGUAGUAACUUAUUGUAGUAUGCUUGUAGUUGAAGUUUCUUAUAGUGAACAUCAUGUUGUUUAUUCGGCAGAAGUUUCAAAGAUUUUACUUUUUAGAAGAAAGUGUAUUGUAGUCAUUAGAUUAGGUUUUCAAAGAUGAUUAUGUUAACAUUUUGAUCAAAUAUUAUGAAAAGUUCUCUUGUUAA